AUGGCACAAGAUCUCAAUGGUGUAGCCAACGGCGCUCGAUGGGACUAUUCGACACCGGGAUCAAGCGGAUACAACAUUCCGGACAUCGUCUACAAUGACCCCUCAUCGCGUAAGGUGAAAGUUUUGACCGUUGGCGCUGGGCUGUCCGGCAUACAAUUGGCAUACCAGAUACAAAAGUACACGCAAAAUGUAGAACACGUAAUUUACGAAAAGAACCCAGGCAUUGGGGGUACAUGGCUCGAGAACAGAUAUCCAGGAUGCGCAUGCGACAUCCCCUCACACGCCUACACCCUCAACUUUGCACUGAACCCGGACUGGCCCCGCUUCUUUUCCUACGCCCCAGAUAUCCUCAAGUAUCUCGAGAAAGUCUGUGAUGUAUUUGGUCUACGCAAGUACAUGACAUUCAACACGGAAGUGGUGCGAGCAGAAUGGCAGGACGAGGCUGGAAAGUGGAGAGUCACACUGCGGCAGAAGAGCCCUUCAGGCGAGGAGCGAGAAUUCGAAGAGGAAUGUGAUCUCCUGCUGUACGCCUCGGGAAUUCUGAAUAACUAUAAGUGGCCGGGUAUCAAGGGUAUCAAUAGCUUCAAGGGACGCAUAGUGCAUACGGCCGCUUGGCCGCAGGACUACCAGGCCGAGCAGUGGAAGAACGAUCGCGUGGCUAUUAUAGGCUCUGGUGCUUCGUCGAUCCAGACUGUACCCACCAUGCAACCGCACGUUAAGCACAUGGACAUCUUCGUCCGCACGGGUGUUUGGUUCGUCCAGAUUGCGAAUAACUUUGGUCAGAACAAGGAGUACUCGGAGGAAGAACGCGAGGAGUUUCGAAAGGACCCAGGCAAGAUGGUGGCGCAUGCCAAGGAUAUUGAAGAUCAAGUGAAUGGGCUUUGGGGCACCUUUUAUACGGGCAACGAGUUACAGAAGCAGGCCCAGGAUAUGCUUCGGGAAAGAAUGAAGGAGCAUAUCAAAGACGAGCGAUUGUUGCAGGGAUUUACGCCGAAAUUCGAGGUGGGAUGCCGUAGAAUCACACCAGGCGACCCGUACAUGAAAGCCAUUCAAGAACCGAACGUCGACGUACACUUCACCGCCGUCAACGAAAUAACCGAGAAAGGCGUCAUGGGCGCCGACGGCAUCGAGCGAGAAGUCGACACCAUAGUCUGCGCAACAGGCUUCGACGUCACCUACCGCCCACGCUUCCCCAUCAUCGGCAAAAACGGCGUGGACCUCGCGGAAAAAUGGAAAGACGAACCAAAAGGCUACCUCGGCCUCGCAUGCCCAGAAAUCCCUAAUUGGCUCAUGUACAUCGGCCCUACGUGGCCCGUAGAAAACGGAUCGGUGACGGGCCCGCUGCUCGGUGUCGCAGAGUACACCGUGAAAAUCAUCAAGAAGAUGCAGCGCGACCAUAUCAAGUCGUGGGUACCUCGCCAAGACAUUACCGAUCAGUUCAACGAUCACGCACAGGAGUGGAUCAAGCAUACAGUCUGGAAAGGCGAAUGUCGCUCUUGGUACAAGAACAACGACACUGGCCGCGUCAAUGCCGUGUGGCCCGGUUCAUCGAAUCAUUAUUCAGAAUUGAUUGAGACGCCGCGGUACGAGGACUUUGACAUUGAGUACCUGCACAAGAAUCCGUGGGCGCAUCUGGGAAUGGGGUAUGCGGUAUGCAAUGCCAAGUUCCCCAAUAGCGAUGUUAGUCCGUAUUUGCAACUGGAGAAUAUUGAUCCGGAGUGGCUCAAGGCGAUUGGGUAUGAGGGGCCGGCGAAGGAAGUGGGAAAGGUGAGGCAGGAGAAGGAGGAGCCGGUUGUAGAGAGGAAGGGGACGGAUGCGGGUGUUGGGGUGGGUAAUGGGAAUACGUCGACGUAG